AUGCAAGCACGAACGGAGAGAGAUGAAGCGGAGCGCGCCAAAGGCUUAGGCAAGAUCCAAGCCGUGCUGGACAGGGUCUCCGCAGGAAUGAAAUGUGCGCGGAUCAGGAGCCUAUCGUUCAGCUCAGCGCCAGGCCACUGCGCGCAAGAGCUUCAGGGCGCGGAUGCUUUGCCCAGCGCACGGCUCAGGCACGGACAGCCUGCAGAGGUGCAUGACAGCCCAGUGGACCCUGGCCCGCCUGCCGGAGGUCAAGCGCCAGAGAGAGCGAGAGCGAGUGGCUUUGAGCCAGGGCGAGCUUGCAGCAGCCUCUUGAUGCGCGCAACUCAGCAGCCCUUGGACCCUGAAGAUAGCGUCGACGGUCGAGCCAUCUUUUUCUUUUUGGCACGCGCAGAUGCUCCCUUUUCCCCCUCGAUGAAAAUGAGAUCCAGUUUCUCGUUCCGGCCUGCUCGCCUGAGCGACGCCGCGCCAGUAUUCCCUCCACCACGUCCAUCCUCACCACCAUCCGGACAUCCGUGGCCGUAUCACGCAAACACCAUGUCUUCCUCGACCAAGCCCGACGAGCGUAUGAAGGCGGAGGCCGACCAGGCUCUGCACACCCAGGAGGACCUCGACUGCCCUGGCUUUGAAUCCAGCCGCGUCUUUGCGCUCUCUGCGCAGCUGCUCGCCAAUCCGCCGGAGGGCUUCCCUUCGCGCAAGCGGCUGCUCCGAUCGCUCCAGAGCAUCUACCUCUUUGUCAUCCAGCCCUCGAGUGCCAUCGAUCCAUCCAACCCGCGCACCAAGCCCGUGGAUGGCAAGGUGUCGACGUCCGGAGGCGCGCUGCGUCCUGCCAUGUGGUAUGCCGACAUGAAGAACAAGGGCGUCAUCGGACGGGGACAGCCUCCCAAGACCGUGCUCGGCCGAAAGCGCAAGGCGGAUGUGGUGAUCGAGUGCCGAGACCGCGAUUUCAUGGAGCUCGCAACCGGCAAGGUUCAGGCGCAGCGUCUCUACAAUGAAGGAAGGAUCAAGAUCCGUGGCGACCUUGACCGCGCACUCAAGAUUUCGUCGCUCAUCUCGCACGAGCGAUCCAAGAUCUACGGCACUUCGCCUGCCUCGGCUUCCGUCGAGCAGAAGGUGGCCGCCGUCGAUCAUGAGCGUGAAGGCCACGCCUCGCGCAACGACGACUACGGCGCCGGCAGCCCUGCUCCUGUCCCGGACCGUGCGCGUCUCUGA